AUGCCUUGUCUGCACAAUCUCAUGGUUGCACUCGCAGCUUCGUCCAUGAUUGGCCUUGCUCACGCCAAAGCCUGCCCACCACUUGGCCGUGUCUUCCCAGCCCCGCGAAGUCCGAGCCAGAAUAACGCCGUGCAAGAGGCCGUUUCCAAGCUCAAAUCCGCCUUGAACAGCACAUUCUCGGCCAACCUGCUCACAAGCGGCAUAUCGGUCGCGGUCAAGUCAGCGCACGAAGACAAGCUACUCUUCAACUACCACUACACCCCGCCGGUCCUCUCCGGCAUCGGCACAUCCGUCAUUGACGAGCACACCAUUUACCGCGUGGGGAGCGUGUCCAAGAUGAUGCCCGCACUGUCGGCACUGCAGAGCGAUCAAGUCGACAUGCAUGCGUCGGUGCUGAAGUAUCUUCCCGGGCUGGCAAAGACAUCGGGCUCUCCCACUUCAGUUGACAGGAUUCCAUGGGAGGCCAUAACUGUAAUGGAUCUUGCGACACACUUGUCUGGUCUACCCCGCGACAUGGCUUUCGACCUGGCUCUGAUUCAAAACGGCCCGUGGACCGAGAUGGGCCUCCCGGCUGUUCGCAACGGCACGGGGCCGACCUGCUCUGGCCUUCCGGGAACCAGGAAGUGUACGGCGGACGAUAUCAUUAAUACAAUUAACCGAAAACCGCUGGUAGAGCCGCCUGGCGCCACCCCUCUCUACUCCAACUUGGGCUAUGCGCUGCUCGCCAUGGUCGUUGAAGCUGCAACUGGAGAGAAGUUUGACCAAUUGGCUCAACGUGGUAUUUUUGACGCGGCCAACAUGACAAGCACAUCUUUCAACGGGCCCGUGGAGAGAUUCCCAAAGGAUGGAUUUGUCCCAAAGGGAGAGUCUACCUGGAACGCCACCUUGGGAAUUUUUGAAGCCGCUGGAGGACUGUUUUCCAACUCUAUCGACAUGAUAUCCUUCACCGAGACCAUCAUCACCAACAAGUUUCUGUCGCCAAAGAAGACAAGAGACUGGAUGAAACCGGCCGCACAUACCUCGUCCAUGGGAAUGUCCGUCGGGGCCCCGUGGGAGAUCCUCCGCAGCAACACCUUGACGAAGGACAAACGCGUGAUUGACGUAUACACCAAGAGCGGAGACUUUGGGCUGUAUCAUGCGCUGAUCGGUGCCGUCACGGACUACGACAUUGUCAUGACGGUUCUCUCUGGCGGGGACGAAGUCAGUUUAGACCCGGACACGCGCACCAAGAUCUUCAGCACGGUCGCUCGGUCAUUGGUCCCGGCUGUUGACCAGGCUGCUCGAGACGAGGCGUCUUCUUCGGGUGGCUACGUGGGCACCUUUACCGACAAAUCGACCAACUCUACUCUUGAGCUUGGUCUGGAUGAGGGCCCCGGGGUUGUCAUCAAGAAGCUUGUCGUGCGCGGGUUCGAUGCUCUAUCCCACAUGCCCAACUAUAGCCUCGGUAUCGCGAAUUCGAACCCUUCCGGAGCCCGAAACAUGGCAGUCCACGGCCGCAUGUACCCGGUGGACAUCAAUGGCGACGCGCCUUCUGCAUCAACACACGCCAGAAGUAUAACCGACGCCGACCGAUGCAGAAACAGCACCGUCACGGUGUGGCGCGCAUACUUCGACACCACAACGGAGGAGCAAAGCGCUUCAAAAGACGAUGCGCUGUUUUAUGCGGAUGGAAGCUGCGAGACUUGGUUCAGCCUUGAUCAGACGUCGUACAAUUACCUCAGCUUGGGAGAGUUUGUCUUUGCACAUGAUGAGCGCGGCCGUGUACAAGCUGUGCGGAGCCCGGCAUUCAACGUGACGUUGACUUGA